UCCACUGACAACUAAAAAUGGAUGGCCUAAUAGAUGCCUAUUGUAUUUUCGUCAUUUUAGCGCUGGUGGUCUUGUUUUGCGGUAGUGAGGCUUCGAAUUAAUUAUAGAGAAAGAAUUAACUGUCGUUACCAUAAGCAGGCGCAUUUCAAUCGAAACGAAGCUAUCCUUAUCAAGUAAAUAACUAUCCCUUUAUAGAGGUCAGUGGCAUUUUCUAUAAAAACUGAUAAAAUAAAUUCAAGUCGAUAAUGGACCAGUUUCUAUUGAAUGAAGGAUGCUGAAAUUAUUAAAGCAAACGGCUUGAAAUGCGCAUAUUGUGAGUGGAACAAGUUGAAGAAAUUAUCGGAAAUCUUAUUAUAAUUUAACUUAAAACCUCUUGUAACGUAUUUAAAGGUUAACAAUUACAAUUUAAGAAAAAACAAGGUGACAAGGAUUUAAUUGAAUUUAGCGAUUAAUCGAACUAGUAAAAUAAUUUAGAUUGCGAAGUACUUUAUACUUUGUAAUCUAAAGAAGACUUCGGACCUAGAUGUAUAAAGGAAAUAAUAAAACGUAAUGGAAGAAGAAUACGAACCAGGUGUUGUUUAUGUCUGUAAAUGUGUUUGUCCAGAGUCUUCUUCGGAAAGGGUAGCAAUCUCUGCGCAUAAGAAACGUAUUUUAGGCAUUGUUUCUGAAACUGAAAAUUAUUUGCGAGAACGUAGAAUCCCUCAACUGAUAAGAUUCUUAAUAUCGAAGAUUUUGGCACAGGAGUCUGAUAAGCCGCUCUUGUAUUUAGAAAAGCUUCUGGAUGAUUGUAUGCUAUUUCGUGCGGGUGUUGGAGCCGCCCCUGUUUUAUACGAAAAUAGGCAUCUUGAAGCGGUAAUUAAAAGUUUUGAUCCUGGACAGCGAGGAUGGUUAACUGCCGGUCAAACUCGUCGCCUUUAUGCAACUUUGGGACUUGCAAUUAAAGAUGAAUUUAAUGAAAGUAUGCCGUGUGAGACGAUAUUUAAAAAAGUUACCGAGGCACAAGAAAAUGAAUUAUUUGAUUUAAUAUCGGCUGGAAUGGAUGAUUACUGAAAGCUUAGAAACGCUCAGAAAGAUUCUUAGAAGCCCACCUUUCUUUUUUUUGCUACCUUUCUUUUAUGUUGUUUGUGCAAAAUAUUUGCUUCAACUUUUGUUAUGUCUUGAGUCAGUGUAGUAGAUUUGUUUGAAUUAAUAUAUCCUCACUUUGAAUCU